UCCCUGCAGGCAGCACUGCCCCCCCCCCCUCAAGGCUCAGCAUGGAGGCGGCUGACAUCGCUGUCCUCGUCCUCUACUUUGUCUUCGUCAUGCUCGUUGGGAUCUGGUCUUCGGCCCGGGCUAAUCGCAGCACGGUUAGGGGCUACUUCCUGGCCGGCCGCUCCAUGACCUGGUGGCCUAUCGGAGCCUCUCUGAUGUCCAGCAACGUGGGCAGCGGCCUCUUCAUCGGCCUGGCAGGAACAGGAGCCGCCGGGGGCAUCGCGGUGGGGGGGUUCGAGUGGAACGCAGCCUGGGUGCUGGUGGCUCUGGGCUGGAUCUUUAUUCCGGUCUACAUCUCUGCCGGGGUGAUCACGAUGCCCGAAUACCUGGCCAAGCGCUUCGGAGGCCAGAGGAUCCGCAUCUACAUGUCCGUGCUGUCACUCAUCCUGUACAUCUUCACCAAAAUAUCUACAGACAUAUUUUCGGGAGCAUUGUUUAUCCAGGUGUCGCUGGGCUGGGACCUCUAUCUGUCUACCGGAGUACUGCUGCUGGUCACUGCUGUUUACACUGUGGCAGGUGGCCUGGCAGCAGUGAUCUACACUGAUGCACUCCAGACUGUGAUCAUGGUUGGGGGGUCCUUUGCACUCAUGUUCAUAGCCUUUGCAGAGAUCGGCUGGUAUGAGGGUCUUGUGGAGGGUUACAUGUCGGCGGUGCCCUCGGUGACGGUUGCUAACACCACCUGCCACCUGCCUCGCAGCGACGCUUUCAGCCUGUUCAGAGACCCAGUGUCGGGGGACAUCCCCUGGCCCGGCCUGCUGUUCGGACUCACUGUUCUGGCUACCUGGGUCUGGUGCACGGACCAGGUUAUAGUCCAGAGGUCUCUCUCGGCUAAGUCUUUGUCUCAUGCCAAAGGCGGCAGUGUGUUGGGGGGGUACCUCAAGCUGCUGCCCAUGUUCUUCAUCGUCAUGCCAGGCAUGAUCAGCCGAUCACUGUUCCCAGACGAGGUAGCUUGUGUGGAUCCAGCAGUGUGUCAGAGUGUGUGUGGCGCUGCAGUCGGCUGCUCCAACAUCGCCUACCCUAAAUUAGUGAUGGAGCUAAUGCCUGUGGGUCUGCGGGGGCUGAUGCUGGCCGUGAUGCUAGCCGCUCUCAUGUCCUCCCUGACCUCCAUCUUUAACAGCAGCUCCACCCUGUUCACUCUGGACCUGUACCACCAGGCCAGACCGGCAGCCACAGAGAGGGAGCUGAUGGUGGUGGGGAGGGUGUUCGUCCUGGUCAUGGUGUGUGUGAGUCUGAUGUGGAUUCCCGUCAUCCAGACAGCCAACAGUGGACAGCUGUUCGAUUACAUCCAAUCAGUGACCAGCUUUCUGGCUCCUCCCAUCACCGCGGUCUUCCUGAUGGCCAUCCUGUGGCCCCGUGCUAACGAGCAGGGUGCGUUCUGGGGUCUGAUGGGGGGGCUGCUGGUGGGACUGGUCCGGAUGGUUCUGGAGUUCAGUUUCAAAGCUCCGGCCUGCGGGCAGCCUGACGGCCGGCCUGCGCUCCUGGCUCAGGUCCACUAUCUGCACUUUGCCCUGAUCCUGCUGGCUCUCACCUGCCUCAUCAUCGCUGCUGUCAGCCUGGCCACGCCCCCCAUCCCUGAAGAACAUCUCUACAGGCUCACCUGGUGGUCCAGACACAGCCAGGAGCCUCGCCUCGACCUCACAGCUCCCCAGGUGACCUCUGGCCCGGUGACCUCUGGCCCGGUGACCUCUGGCCCGGUGACCUCUGACCCGAUGACCUCUGACCCGGUGACCUCUGGCCCGGUGACCUCUGGCCCGGUGACCUCUGGCCCGGUGACCUCCUGGUGGAGGAGGGCUGCUCUGAGGCUCUGCGGUCUGAAUGCUCCCGGCUCUGAGGCUGCGGAGCCUGAAGGCAUCGGGCUGAACUCUCUGCAGGAGGCGCCGCUCUGGAGGAACGUCUGCAAUAUAAAUGCACUGCUGCUGCUGACCAUCAACGUGUUCCUGUGGGGGUACUUCGCCUAACCAUGGGUGAACUGGGAGGCUGGACUGAUGAACUGGACUGAUGAACUGGACUGAUGAACUGGACUGAUGUUCUGGACUGAUGAACUGGACUGAUGUUCUGGACUGAUGUUCUGGACUGAUGUUCUGGACUGAUGAACUGGACUGAUGAACUGGACUGAUGAACUGGACUGAUGUUCUGGACUGAUGUUCUGGACUGAUGAACUGGACUGAUGUUCUGGACUGAUGAACUGGACUAUCUGCUCUUUCUCUCACUAGCAGCAGGUCUACAGACUGUGAUGUCAAUACAGGGAACCAGCCUGUUUUUUUGGUGAUUCGUUAAUUAAAUUAUU